AAUAAGCUUAUUUGCACUGUUUUGUUUUUCUUGUCAGGUUUAAGUGGCAAUUGGAUUGAGAUAGCAUAUGGUACAAGCUCAGGAACAGUGCGAGUGAUUGUUCAACAUCCAGAGACAGUAGGUCAUGGACCUCAACUCUUCCAAACAUUCAUGGUUCAUCGAAAUCCCGUCGUGAAGGUCAUGCUUAGCGAAAAGAAUCUCGUCUCCAUUUGCUCAGAAUACAAUCACGUGCGCUCGUGGAACGUGACACGCUUUCGCGGCAUGAUCUCCACGCAGCCCGGUUCCACGCCCCUGGCGUCUUUCAAUGUUGUUUCUCUUGAGGCACAGGACGCACAUCCUAGCUCAUCAGCUGGCAGCGUCAUCGGUCCAUUCGGCGAGCGUGACGAUCAACAAGUGUUUAUUCAGAAGCUUGUACCGGACACGGAUCACGUGAUCGUACGGUUCUCUUCCACAGGGAAAAGGAUCUGCACAAUUCGCUCAGUGGACGGCAGUAAUAUCACUUCAUAUUGCGUGCACGAAUGUGACGCCUCGAGCAGAAUGGGUUCCAGACCCCGGCGAUUCCUGAUAACAGGCCAUUCAAACGGAUGUAUUCAAAUGUGGGACCUGACAACAGCACUAGAGAUUGCCUCCAAGCUGCCUGGCGAAAACACAGAGCGUGACGAUAUUGGUAAUGUCACACAAGGAGAACUGUUACGGACACUCGAACAAUGUGACCUCAGUGCGUCACGCUGCACGACGCCCUCCAUGUCGCCAGCCACGUCACUGCUGCACACAAAUCUCACGGGCUCGCGCCUCAAACUCUCGUACUCAUGCCCUAGCUUGGGCGAAGAUGACCGCGAAGAGGCUGGUGCCAGCGGAGGAAAGUCCAAAUAUGGCAUUCUCAUCUCGCAGUGUUAGAGUCUAAAAUAUAGGAGCAUACUAUAGAGAACAGGCGCGAAAUACAGUGAAUUUAUAGCCGUAGCCGGCUUUAAAUAUUUAAACCUAACCACGUUGGAUUAGACAGUGAAACGCACAGGCUAGUGGAAAAGUUCAGUUCUCGUAUGUUUCAAUUUCUCGAUGAUUUGUGAAAUCUAUAAAAUUGGGAAAACGCACUCGUUUUCAUUAUUGAAUUGAUUGUAUUAUCAGAAGGAGAGUCGUGCACAAUGUUUGAGUUUGAUAUCGGUGUUUGCUGUCAUUUGGACUCGAGAGAUACGCCAAAAAUGUUGAGAAAAACUGUACAAAGUUGCAAAAGCGAAAUAUUCCUAGUCUCGUGUGAUUCCGCGUGAACUUGACCCUGGUUUGGACGAUUGAAAAAUGUUUUCCUCUUGUCACUCUCACACUCUGAACCAGGCUCCUAGUUAUUUUUCAAAAUGAAAUUACCACGAAACGUUAACAUGGGUGAGAUAUUAUUUGAAAUUUCUUAUCAACGUCGAAGCAAAAUUACAAUUCGCGGGGCCAAAUUUUCGUUUCUUGAUGAUGGCUUUGAAAAGCAAUACAACGAAGGUCCAGCCCGAAUUGGAGAAUUAUACAAUUACAUUGAAGGUUUCUACUGCAUGAAAACUACUGCGAGGUGUCAUGAUAUGAGCCCGCGAUUUUCGCAUUUUAAGUUUCUAAGCAACAAACGUGCCCCUAUCGCGUCAUGUCACCUAACAGCUAUUGUAGUUCUGGUGUUUGUUUACGCUGUUUUUUGAUUGGAUGAGAGGAAUCGGAAGCUCUUGAAGUCAGUCAGCAUGGAACUUAAAGGAGCUACGUCACGGUUGAAAAGUUAAGCCUGAAUUAUUUCAAGCUUGUUGUUUGUAAUCCG